AUGCGCAAUUUGGCUGAUGCAAUUUUGCGUCGCAUGCUUUAAAACACGAAGGAAAUCAAAAAUUGAAAUUCAUUUUUCCGCUUUUCUCGCAAUCAGAACACUUUAAUCCCCAACAAUGGCCGAAGAUGAAAUGAUGUUUGAUCCUACUAUGAAAAAGAAGAAGAAGAAGAAGAAGGUUCCUUUAGAUUUAGAUGGACUUGAAGGCGAAGGAGUCGUGGAGGAUAAAGAUGGUGCUCCAGAGGCGAACGAUAACGAACAAGAUGAACCCAAAGAUGUUUCAUUAGACCUUGAAGACUUUUCUGAAAUGAAGAAAAAGAAAAAGAAGAAAAAGAAAGUGUUCGAUAUGGAUAGCUUGGAGAAUUCAUUACCAGAUACAGCAGAUGGAUCGACAGAAAAAAAAGAAGAUGCAAAUGAUGCAGUAGAUGAAGCACAAGAUUUAGAUGAGCUUGAUUUCAAUCUUCCCACCAAGAAAAAGAAAAAAAAGAAAAAGAUAACUAUUGACAAAGAGUCGGCAGAAAAGGCGAUGGAGAAUGGAGCAGAAUCUGGGGAGGAUGAAGGAGAAGGCAAUGAGGCAGAGGAUGUAAUGGCAGCUGAGGACAGAGAAUAUACAUAUGAUGAGCUUUUAGAGCGAGUAUUUGAUAUAAUGAGAGCAAAGAAUCCAGACAUGGUUGCUGGUGAAAAAAGGAAGUUUGUUAUGAAACCACCACAAGUUGUAAGAAUAGGCUCUAAAAAGACAUCAUUUGCUAACUUCACAGAUAUUUGUAAAAUAUUGCAUCGGCAACCAAAACAUUUAUUAGCAUUUUUGAUGGCUGAGUUAGGAACAAGUGGUUCAUGUGAUGGAAAUAACCAGCUUAUAAUCAAGGGUCGCUUCCAACAAAAACAGAUAGAAACUGUGUUAAGAAGAUAUAUCAAGGAAUAUGUAACUUGCCACACUUGUCGGUCGCCCGACACAAUCCUUCAAAAAGAAACUAGGCUGUUUUUUCUGCAGUGUGAAACAUGUGGCUCUCGUUGCUCUGUAGCAAGCAUCAAAUCUGGCUUCCAGGCUAUUACAGGCAAGAGAGCACAGCUGAAGAACAAACAGCAAUAAUCUGGCACCAAAAUUACUUCACAAAACUGAAGUUCAUAGAUAAAAGAAAACAUUCUUCCAAGCUCGGGUUCAGCUUUAACUGAAUGAACAAAUACCUGGUGUAUAUGACUGAAAUGACAAUGAAAAGUUUAAAGAUUCUAUCACUAAUAAUGUUUGUAUCAUCUUGGCAUCUAUAGUGUUUGAAGACUGUAAGAAUAUUAUUAAUGAAAUAAGUUACCACCAUAGGUUAUAUCAAAGUGUUUGUUGCCACUCGUGUGUGUUCAAUUUUAACUGUCGUGUCAAUUUGAUCAAUACACUGUAAUCAUGGUUCACAAUCUCAUUAUACUACUGCAUAACUUUGUUACUUUAGAAAUGUUCAAAUAAUAAACAAAUCACAGUAUCAGUAAACUAAAAAAUUCAAAAUUACGAUUGCCAGUCUGGUCAAUUGAAAAAUUUAUGGUAUGAGGUUUUGGUAUACGUAUGAUGGUGUUGUAGCAAUGUUGUAACAUGCUGCAGAAAUAUCAUACAGUACCUUUUGUAAUCAUAAAACAGAGGUCCCUUGCUUUACACAGGAUUUAUCUAUGAUUUGCCRUCACAGAUUUAACUAGAAUAUACAUGUCUUAACUACAUUGCAAUGCACAAAACAAGUAUGGGGUCUAGUUGCAGUACGUUUUAAAGGAAUCGAAAAAGUCACAUAAUUUUAAGCAAUUUUUCAUGUUUCUGUGAUGUUGACAACUUCCAAAGUCUAGAUUUUUGGCUUCCAUCAAUCAAGGAAUUACUAACUAAAGAUUAUAGUAGUAAGGUUGAUGAAUGGCAGCCAGCACACAARCAUACUGUGUCUAGGUCUGGAGUCAUUCGUUUAAAUGCAGAAACAUUUCAGAAACRUGGCUAAGCCUCUAAUAUUCUACAAAUGUCUUUCUCGAUAUCUGUACAAGUACACUUCAGGUUUAAUUGCACAGCUUAUACCCACUUUUAAUAUCUAAUGAUUAUUCGCUGAAGGUCAAAGUGAAUGUUUACCAAGAUGUAUACAUGUAGUCAAGGUAAAUGUUCACCAUAUUCACUGAGCCUGACUUUAAUAAUAUUGUUUUAAAUAGCUAAUGUAAUUUUAUACUUGAAUAUCAGAGAAAAGACUGAAUUCAGGAUGAAAAACCRUUAGUAUUUUGCUUUGGCAAAUCUCAUAAUCACUGCUUGACCGGUGAUUAUUGUCUCGUAAUCACUGCAAAGUGUGCAAAACUCCAUAUUUAAGCCUAAAAUUGUUAUAAAUAGUAAUAAAUGCUUCAAUAGUUCACAUGUGCAUGGUUAAUGAAUAAUUAUUUUUCAAGUGAUCAAUGUGACUACAUGAAUCAUAAAAGGGUUUUUUGGUAAUGAUCUUUUGCAAGCAUUUCCCAAUUAAGAGAGCCAAAAUAAAGAUGGUAUAUGUGGCCAUGUUGGUGGUGUUACAGUUGCCAGUUUAAGAAUUA